CGGGGUGCGGGCGCCCCUGGCCUUUGUGCGCGGGCGAGGGGCGCACGGAGCGGGGCUCCCCGGGGUGGGACCCACCGGCGCUGCAGCCCAUCCCCCCUCCUGGGCCAUGAGCGCCCCCUUCUAGCCGCGGAGCUGCGCGGGUCCCCCCCCGGCCAGCCCCCGCGCCCGGUGCCCGGGGAAGAUGUCUUCGCGCACCGCCCUGGCGUCUGGCAACGAGCGGAACUCGGACGCGCACUCUACCCUGGCCAGCAGCCGCUCGGAGAAGGGCUCAUCGUGGUCCAGCCGGUCGCUGGGUGCGCGCUGCCGGAAUUCCAUUGCCUCCUGCACCGACGAGCAGCCCCACAUCGGCAACUAUCGACUCCUCAAAACCAUUGGCAAGGGCAACUUCGCCAAGGUCAAGCUGGCCCGGCACAUCCUGACAGGCAGAGAGGUUGCAAUCAAAAUAAUUGAUAAGACACAGCUGAACCCCACAAGCCUCCAGAAGCUCUUCCGGGAAGUGCGGAUCAUGAAGGGACUGAACCACCCCAACAUCGUGAAGUUGUUUGAGGUGAUAGAGACGGAGAAAACACUCUACCUGGUGAUGGAAUAUGCCAGUGCUGGCGAAGUCUUCGACUACCUCGUGUCACACGGACGGAUGAAGGAGAAGGAAGCCCGGGCAAAAUUCAGACAGGAGCUGCGGGAGCGCGUGCUGCGAGGCAAGUACCGCGUCCCCUUCUACAUGUCCACAGACUGCGAGACCAUCCUGCGCCGCUUCCUGGUGCUCAACCCUGCCAAGCGCUGCACCCUGGAGCAAAUCAUGAAGGACAAAUGGAUCAACAUUGGCUAUGAGGGCGACGAGCUGAAGCCCUACAAGGAGCCUGAGGAGGAUUUUGGGGACACCAAGCGCAUUGAGGUGAUGGUGGGAAUGGGAUACACCCGCGAGGAGAUCAAGGAAGCCCUGAAUAGCCAAAAAUACAAUGAGGUCACGGCCACCUAUCUCCUGCUGGGCAGGAAGAAUGAGGUGGAGGGGAGUGAGUCACGCACGGGCAGCAGCCUCUCCCUGGCCCGGGUGCGGGCACCCAGCGAGGUUUCCAAUGGCACCAGCAAAUCGUCCUCCCAUGGCAAGAGCCAGCGCAGCUCCUCCACCUACCACCGGCAGCGGCGGCACAGUGACUUCUGUGGCCCCUCGCCGGUCCCCAUGCACCCCAAGAGGAGCCCCACGAGCACUGGGGAGGCAGAGCUGAAGGAGGAGCGGAUGCCCUCACGUAAGGCCAGCUGCAGCGUGGUGAGCAGCGGGCGCGGGAUCCCCCCCUCUAGCCCCAUGGUGAGCAGCGCCAACAACCCCAACAAAUCAGAGAUCCCCGACCGGCGCAAGGACAGCACCAUCAACACGAACAACAUCCCGUCGAGCGUGAUGACGCGGAGGAACACGUAUGUGUGCACGGAGCGGCCCGGUGCCGACCGCCAUUCGCUGCUGCACAACGGCAAGGAGAACAGCUCCAUCACCAACCGGGUGCCCCCCGCGUCGCCCUCCAGCCACAGCAUCGCCACGUCCUCCUCAUCCUCGGACCGCACCCGCCUCUCGCGUGGCACCACCAUCCGCAGCACCUUCCACGGCGGCCAGGUGCGGGACCGGCGCGGGACCGUGCAGAACGGGCCGCCCACCUCCCCCACGCUGUCCCACGAGGCCACGCCGCUGCCCCAGAGCCGCAGCCGCGCCACCUCCAAUCUCUUCAGCAAACUCACCUCCAAGCUGACGCGGAGGGUCGCAGACGAACCUGAGAGAAUCGGGGGACCUGCGCUCACAAGUUGCAAUUUACCUUGGAAUCAAAAGGAAGCAGAACCCCGGCUGCUCCGAUGUACCUGGAAUGUGAAGGUGACCAGCACCCACCCCCCCGAGGCCAUGAUGGCUGCCCUGCGCCAGGCCACGGACUCAGCCAGCUGCCACUGCCACCAGCUGGAGCCCUUCCUCCUGUCCUGCACGCACGCCAAGAGUGCCAGCGAGCACUUCUGCCACUUCGAGGCGGAGGUGUGCCGGCUGCAGCGCCUCGGUCUCACCGGCGUGCUCUUUCGGCGCCUGGCCGGCACCUCGCUGGCCUUCCGCACCGUGGUGACGAGCAUUGCCAGCCAGCUACAGCUCUAGCGCCCUGGACGCCUCCCCACGCCCAGCGGCCUGCCUGGCCCCAUUGCAGGUGGGUCGUCCCCCCAGGCUCCCUGGCCUGGAGCCAGUGCAGCCCUGGGACGGACCUGGCCAGCAGCUGGGCCUGUAAGGGAAAUGCCCCUGACCCCUCUGGCUUGUGAACUUGGCCUCUCCUCUUCUGGGCCUAGGCCUGGGGCCUGCCCUGCUGCUCAUGGGGGCUCACAGGGAGAGCACGGGCACCGGGCACUGUUCCCCUCUGGGGCAAGGGGCUGGGCCUGGUUCCUCUGGGCUGGGGCCAGGCCCAGGGCUGCCCCACACACAGUGGGGCAUGCCCAGCCUAGUGCAGCAGGGGGCUCCCCAAGCCAAUUGUGGGGUGUCACCGAGCUAUUGGCCCUAGUAUGGGGGAGCACUCCCAACCUUACCAGGUGGUGGGGAGAUAACAUUGGCAGGAACAGGGCAGGGCCCUCUGGAAGAGGCAGGGUGGGAGCCUCUGGGCUGGGGGGCUCAGGGGACAGGGGGGCACUCCAGGUUUGACAGGCCACUGUGGGCUCAGGGCAGGGCAGGAGGCUCUGGGCUGGGGGCGAUGCAGUGGGGCCGGAGUGAGAAGCUAGACGCUUGGGACAGCAGUGUAGCCACCGGGCCCACAAUUUCAUUCGCCUCCAGCUCUGGGCCAGAGGGGAGCCCCAUCUCCCUGGGUGGCCGAGAGGUCACAAGUCUCCCCAGCACAGGGACAAGGGGGGGCCCCCUCUAGGCACAGCAGUGCUGAGCAGGUGCCAGGGCGAGUGCGGGGUCCUCGGGGGUGGUCCCAGCCUAGGCCAUGGCAAUGACUCAGGCCCUGGAUGCCCCUUGUUGGUUGAGCUCUUUGGGGGAGGGAGAGGGGGGAUGGAGCUGGGAGCUGGGAGCCAUGGGGCAAGUGCCCCAGUGCCCAUGGCUGCCCCAGUGCUCACCCCUGUUGCCCAGCAGCCCUGGCAGAGCAGCACGAGGGACUGUGCCCCCUCCCUGGGGGCAGCUCUGACCCCAGCCCUCCCUCCGCCCUGCUUGCCUGCCUCAGCUCAGGGCCAGUGGCUGAGAGGGGCCUUGCGGGCGGCCUCUGGGGAGGCUGGACCUCCAGGGGGACUCAGUGCUGCUCGGGGCACAGCCUCCUUGGCGGGCAGGGCCCCAAGUGGGCCAUGGCCUCACCGGAGCUGCUACGACCUGGAGCUUGGCACAGCUGAACCUCCCAUGGAGAGGCACGACCUGCCCAUGCGUGCCCAGGCCUGGGGGUGUCAGCCUGGCCUUAUGCCCUGCUGCUGCGGGGGCUGCAGUGGAGGGGCUGGAGGCUGGUGGAACAAAGGAGGUUGUAAGCAAGGCAGCAGGUGUCCUGGCCAUCGGGCUGGAGGGUGUGUCUAGGUGGCAGGCAUCCUGGCAGUGGGGGGGCAUCCCUAGGCAGCGGGCAUCCUGGCUGGGUUGGGGGGGGCCCAGCUAGGGGCCUGUUGACACCCCCGCCGCAUUUUUUAAAGAGAAUAGCAAAGCAACAGGCAGCUCCUGGGAAAGCCCUGGUGGGUCCUCCCCCCUUGUACAGCCCCUGUAAAUAGCCCCGAGUCCCUUAGGGUUGUGUAGAGUACCGAGCCAUAGCCUUGGGACGUUUUUAAGUUAUUCCAGCCCUGUGCGCCAGUCUGUAUUGACCCCCAAUAAACAUAGGAAGCCUCC